GGCAGCUGAAAGGAGCGGCUUUUAUUUGUCUCCAGCGGUGGCCUCUCCCUUGCGCAACGGGUAGCGGCUUGGGCGCAGAGCAACAGGCGGGCGCAGCGGUUUCGGAGAAGCGAGCGACGCUGGGCGGCUCUUUCCUGGCAGACCUUGGCAAGUUGAUGCUCAUCAAAGAUGGCUACAGUUGGGUUGAUGUCCUCUUGCGCAUGUGCCCGUUCCCUGGUACCUUUGCUUAGGUUGGGGAUCCCCAAAACGUGUUUGUCCCAGUUACAUACGACAGCCGCGUCUGCUUCAAAAGAUUACUACGAGGUGCUGGUGCUUGGAGGAGGUUCAGGGGGGAUCACGAUGAGUGCCCGGAUGAAACGGAAAGUCGGAGCUGACAAUGUGGCCGUGGUGGAACCCCAGGAGAAACACUAUUAUCAACCCCUCUGGACUUUAGUUGGAGCUGGGGCGAAGCAGUUGGCCACUUCAGAACGUUCAACAGCAAGUGUUAUUCCUUCAGGGGUAAAGUGGAUCCAAUCCAAGGUGGAAAAGUUGGAUCCAGACAACAACUGUGUCUAUUUGGGGAACAAUCAAAAGGUAUCUUACAAGUAUUUGAUUGUUGCUCUCGGGCUGCAACUGAAUUUUGAAAAGAUCAAAGGCCUGCCUGAGGGUUUUAAGUUUCCUAAAAUUGGUUCCAAUUAUUCCGUUCACACAGUGGAGAAAACAUGGAAAGCUCUGCAGGAUUUCCAGGAAGGAAAUGCCAUUUUCACCUUUCCAAAUACUCCCGUGAAAUGUGCAGGGGCGCCACAAAAGAUCAUGUAUCUGACAGAGGCGUACUUGAGAAAGACUGGAAAACGGUCCAAAGCCAAGAUCAUAUUCAAUACUUCUCUUGGAGUGAUAUUUGGUGUUAAGAAGUAUGCUGAUGCUCUGCUAGAGAUUAUCAAAGAAAGAGAUAUUACAGUGAACUACAGAUGGAACCUCGUGGAAGUCCGAGCAGAUAAGCAAGAAGCCGUAUUUGAGAACUUGGACAAAGCUGGUGAAAUGCAAGUUUAUCGGUAUGAAAUGCUUCAUGUCACUCCACCCAUGGGGCCCCCCAGCGUCCUGUUAAACAGUCCGGUUUCUGACGGUGCUGGAUGGGUGGAUGUAAACAAGGAGACACUGCAACAUGUGAAAUACCCAAAUGUUUUUGGGAUUGGAGACUGCACCAAUCUCCCUACCUCCAAGACUGCUGCAGCUAUAGCUGGCCAGUGUGGUGUACUUGAUAAAACAAUUUCAUGUAUCAUGAAAGGCAAAACUCCCACUAAGAAGUAUGAUGGGUAUACUUCCUGUCCUCUGAUAACCAACUACAACCGAGCAAUCCUGGCUGAGUUUGAUUACAAUGCUCAGCCUUUAGAAACAUUUCCAUUCGACCAGAGUAAAGAGAGAUUGAUAAGUUUUCAUCUGAAGGCUACCAUGAUGCCCUAUCUGUAUUGGUAUGGACUUCUGAAGGGAUAUUGGGGUGGCCCAGGUCCAGUGAGGAAAAUAUUUCACCUUGGGUUGAAGUAAUAGUUGGAGUCAUCUUCUGCCAGCUACAAAUUAUGUAACACUUAAAACAAAAGCAUUCAGAUUCUUCACAGAAAUUAAUAAAAUGUAACUUCUCUGUAGGAAUGCAACCUUCAGAGUCCUCUGCACCUUAAAAUACAGGUACAGUUUUUCCUUAUUUCUGUACUUACAAGUAGCGAAGUAUUGCCCAGUAAGCACAGCCAGCUGCUGUAUUUUUAGCAGUGCCAAAUUGACAGAAUUAGCUUCUGUAAGCUUCAGUAACUGCCACUGUGGAUGUGUAACCUAAAAUGACCUUAAUUAACUUACCUCACUUUGUUCAGGAAUUUUACAUGGUGGUUUUUUU